AUGUCUCCCGUGAAAGAUCUGUGUUGCCAGCCCCGCCCAUACUGUCCUGACAUCUGCCCAGAUCCAUGCGCUUAUGUCUGCAACGAGCCUUGUGUCACAUCAUGCGGUGACUCGAAUGCAGUGGUCUUUGCACCCCCGGUUGUCGUGAGAUUCCCCGGACCAAUUCUCGCUACCUGCCCUCAAGACAGCGUUGUGGGAAGCGUCGUACCAAAUUUUCCCUAUAGAUUAGGGGGUGGCUUUGGAGGUGGUCUUGGGGGUGGUUACGGUAGUGGUUACGGUGGUGGUUACAGUAGCGGUUACGGUGGUGGUUACAGUAGUGGUUACGGUGGUGGUUACGGUGGUGGAUUCGGGGCUGGAGGUUUAUUCGGGAGUGGAUCCAGCUGUAGAUUCGGGGGUGGAUAUGGUUAUUGGCCACGAUAUGGUAGGAAAUGCUAUGCUAACCGCUGGGAAUGUUGUCCUCCAUGCUAA